GCGRGAUUCGGCSGCAGAGACGUCACUAAGUAUUCGCGUCGCAAAUCGCCGGUGGUACACGGACACGACCGCAUCACUUUCGUCGUCGUUGUCGAGCCGCACGCAGCCGGAGACCGAUGAAAGCCGCAACGAUCUUGGCCGCCUUGGCCUGCCUACUCGAGGUUUCACAUGCGUUCCCAUUUAAUUUCGACAAGAGGAAUGUAGCUUCUCUAGCCAGAACCGGACAGUUGCCAGAAUACAAACGAUCGCUUGCUUCGUUGGCCAAGAGUGGACAACUACCUGAAAAGUUGGUUCAAGAGAAACGAAUGUUGGAAGUGUUGGAACAAGCAAGCGAUGCAAAUUCAAAAGCCAUCCAAGACCAAAAGAAUCGGGUAAUUGAGGUACUGUGCAGAUCAAUUUUUAGUUUUAUAAUAUUAAACAAUAUUCGUAUCAAUGAUGCAUCGUAA